AUGACCAACGUCGCCAUCAUCUACUACUCGACGUACGGCCACAUCGCCACGAUGGCCGAGUCCGUCAAGGAGGGCGUCGAGUCCGUGGAGGGCGUCACGGCCGAGAUCUACCAGGUGCAGGAGACGCUGUCCGAGGAGAUCCUGGGCAAGAUGCACGCCCCGCCCAAGAAGGACUACCCCGUGGCCACGCCCGACGUCCUCAAGAACGCGGACGGCGUGCUGCUAGGCAUCCCCACGCGCUUCGGCUCCAUGCCGGCCCAGGUUAAGGCGCUGUUCGACGCGUGCGGCGGCCUCUGGGCCGCUGGCGCGCUGGUGGGCAAGCCCGUGGGCAUCUUCUUCAGCACGGGCACCCAGGGCGGAGGCCAGGAGACCACGGCCUUCACGUCGGUGACGUUCCUCACCCACCAGGGCAUGACCUUCGUGCCGCUGGGCUACCGCAGCCCGCUGCUCUUCAACAUGGAGGAGAUCCACGGCGGCAGCCCCUGGGGCGCGGGCACGCUCGCGGGCGCCGACGGCUCCCGCCAGCCGAGCAAGCUCGAGUUGGAUGUCGCCAAGGUACAGGGCGAGUCCUUCGCCGGUGUGGCCAAGAAGCUGUCGGCCUAA